CUAUAUAAAAGAGACACAUGUAACCAACAAUAUUUUGAUCAAAGAUCUUUUUUUUUUCUUCUUAACUCCUUUUGAAAUUUUUCGUUAAUUCGAAGAUCUCUAGUAGUAUCUUUACUUUCUUCAGCCAUGAACGAUCUUCUCUCCCGCUCGUUCAACCGUUCCGUCGCAGACGAUUCAUCGCCGCCGCACUCACACGGCAUCGAGAUGCCAAAGGCGAAACACUCCGGCGGAAGCAAAAAUCUCGACAAGUUCUACCACGACGUGGAGGAAGUGAACGAUGACCUUAAAGAGCUGGAUCGUCUCUGUCGCAACCUCCGAUCGAGCCACGAGCAGAGCAAGACGCUUCACAACGCUAAGGCGGUGAAGGAGUUAAAGGAGAAGAUGGACGCUGACGUGUCUUCUUCGCUCAAGACUGCGAAGCGCGUGAAAGGGAACCUCGAGGCGUUGGAUCGGGCUAACGAAGUGAACCGGGGUUUACCGGAUAGUGGACCGGGUUCGUCGUCGGACCGGCAAAGGACUUCGGUUGUGAACGGGUUGAGGAAGAAGCUGAAAGAUGCUAUGGAUAAUUUUAACCGAGUGAGAGAGACGAUCUCGAUUGAGUACAGAGAGACGAUUCAGAGAAGGUACUUCACCGUCACCGGAGAAAAUCCCGACGAAGAUACCGUCGAUCGUCUCAUCUCCACAGGAGAGAGUGAAACAUUUUUACAGAAAGCGAUACAAGAGCAAGGACGUGGCAGGGUUUUGGACACUAUCAACGAGAUACAAGAGAGGCACGACGCAGUGAAAGACAUUGAGAAGAGCUUGAACGAGUUGCACCAAGUGUUUCUCGACAUGGCUGUGUUGGUUGUUCACCAGGGUGAACAGCUCGAUGAUAUUGAAGGCAAUGUCAAACGGGCUAACUCCCUUGUUCGGUCCGGUGCUGACCGGCUUGUCAAGGCGCGGUUUUAUCAGAAGAACACGCGCAAGUGGACUUGCUUUGCCAUUUUGCUUUUGAUUAUUAUUGUGGUGUUGGUUGUUGUGUUUACUGUUAAGCCUUGGGAGAGUAACGGUAAUGGUGGUGGAGGAGGUGGAAGUUCUCCCCGUCAAGCUACUCCGGUUCAAGCUCAGCCUCCACCGCCUCCGUCUGUGAACCGGCGGCUACUUCGCUAAUUCUUUUUUAUUAUGAGGUUUUUCUCGGUCUAUGCAUGGACUUAUCUAUGUUUUGAGAUUGUCUUUUUUUUUUUAUAUAUAUUAUUAUUAUCUUUUGUAAUGUUUUUUUGUUGGUUUUGUAUAUAUAAUGCGACCAGGACAUAUAGUAUUUGUUUUUGUUUGAUUAUGAAAUUUUCCAUGAAUUACAUUUUGGUAAUUCACACAUUUCACAAUCA